UUUUUGGCUCAAGCCAUUUUGGCUCUGCCAAUUUGGGCUUGAGUGGCCGCGCUGUAUUGUACUUCCUUUUCACUUUCUCGCACAUUUUGUGCACCGAUGAAGGCCGAUUCUUCUCAACCUGCUGUCAAGCGUCUGCACACCGACGAAUUGCAGAGGAUGGCGGAGGCGGAGCAGGAGGCCUUGAAUGCACUCCCUCCAGGGACCAAGCAGAUCUUGGACCUCUAUUCGAACAGGGUCACGAUGUCCAUGGAUACCUUGCUCGGGAAGAUGGGAGAUAAGUUCGAACCUCGAUUCAAGCAGAUCGAGACGGGCGCAGAGGAACUGGAGAAGCGAGUGGCAAAGCUGGAGAAGCAGGUCUUGGAUGGCGCCUCCAGUGCGGGAGACAACUCCGCCUCCUCCGGAGGCGAUUGGAAACCAUCCAAUAUCAUUGUCAAGCUUUGCGAUUUUCAGGAGAAGGGCGACCACAAGAUUGGCAUGGCUCAGCUCCGCACGUGGUACGCCACUGUACGGGGGCAUUUGGGUGCGUCGGCCCAGGAGCUGGGCGAGCUCAAAGUGAAAACCACGGAAAACAUCUACAAGUUCGAGCUCCCAGUCCAGCCCGGCAGCGUGGAGACCAUGAAGAACCACCUCCAGGAAAUCACCAUUACCCACAAUCUCUUCUUGACCUCGGCGAAGGGCCAGGGCGCCGAGGUGUGGCCCACCUUUCGGGCGAAGCAGCACCCCGUUCGAAUGAUGAGGUGCAGAGCGUUCGGCGCGUUGACUGAGACGAUCAGGGAACAGGCGACGGCCACCGGGUACCUUGUCACCGAAGACUGGAAACGAUCGCUCUCGGUAUCGGUCAAGAAAGCGGACGGCGACCCGUACCGCAUUGCCGGCAUCGACUCGUCGGCUCAGGUGUUCUGGGACGACUCGAGGCUCGCGGAGAUCGGGUGGAACAAGGACCAGUUGAUCCUCAGCAUGCGCAAGUAGAGGUGCCAGCUGGAACCUAGAAUUCGUGAGCUCACUGAGCUCUGGGCCAUCACCGCAAACUUGAGGCACAAGGCGGUCUCAGCCCGGGCUUCUUUUUUUCAAAAAGAUGAGGAAGUUGGUUGGACGUAUGACUGUCAUGUUUCUUCAGGAGAUUCCUCGUUGGGUUGAUGCUUCGCAUCAUGGGUACGAGCUCUUCUCGAAGCUGGGCGAGGACUGCGGUAUAGCAGUCCCUGGGUGCUGGCACGAUCACAUCCACCGUAAAUCUUCUGGUCCCUUCUAUUGCAUGUUGCAGUGUGGUGGCAGCGGGUACGUAUGUUUACACUUGCCUACCGGGUCUGAUUCCCAAGUCUGCUGGGAAGAUACGAUGUCAUCUAUAGAGCGGCUCUGUGACGAAUGGGAACGUGCUUCUCCUUAGGUGAAGCGUUGGGUUCUCGGGGGAGAUCUUAAUCAUACUAUGUGUGGGUCUCUUCCCGGGCUCAGCGGUGAUUGGGCGGAGCCUCCUCACCCUGGUCAUUCUGUUGUUAGAGGUGCUCGUCUCACCAAGUUUUUCUACGCUCGCAACGUUGUUCUUCUCAAUACCUUUUCCUCUUGUGCAAAGCAGCUCCCUGAUGAGAUGUGGACUUGGUGCAACACGCGGGGCAGCAAAUCACAAAUCGAUUACAUUGCUAUUCCUGCUGUGCAUUGUUCAGGGCGCUGGGAAUGUUUGGAUCAUACACGCAAGAAAGCCCCGGAAGUGUUGCGCUCCGAUCGCAAGAUGGUCAGAGGCAAAAUCGUGUUCGACAGUUCGUACAUCAGCUAUCUGGCCAAGUCGUUCCCGCAGAAGGGCUGGGCACCCGAUAGCGAAGUUGCGCUGGGACUGUUCCAGCACAGGGUUGCUUCGGCCAACGCUCUGAUGCGCCAUCCUGUAAAGUUGCCCGCGUGUCGUAACGGCGCGGCCGCGGCGGAGCCCCGAGCGAUGCAAAAUCAGCCACGAUUUGUAUCACAGUCUACUCGUGAGUGCAAGUAUAUCGCAGAUUGGGAAUCGCUCAUUGGCGAGACCGCCAUGCUCAUUCCAGCCACGAAUGCUGGGCUGAGGCGGUGGCAGAACAGCCAGAGAUCUGAUAGGGAAAUACAUCUUCGCCAUAAGAUAAAGCUAGAUUUGAGAG